AUGUUUUGUAAGAAUAUUGUCAAACCGAGUGUUUGCAGGUUGAAAAAUGCCUUUGGACGACGAGUGGUGCUCUCUGCGGCUUCUGCCAGGUUAAAAAUUUCACUCAGAAAACAGCAUAGUCAGCCGUCCACUCCUACACGACUGGAGACCUCCGCUGCCAGAAACAUGAUGGACAUUGGAACCCGCCGCAUCUUCAACGAGGACCACGAUAUCUUCAGACAAAGUGUUCGGAGAUUCUUUCAAGAGGAAGUGAUUCCACACCACAACGAGUGGGAGAAGGCAGGUCAAGUGAGCAGGGAGGUGUGGGAGAAGGCUGGUGAGCAAGGACUGCUGGGUAUAACGAUACCAGAAGAGCACGGCGGCAUUGGAGCAGACGUGUUUUCUGCAGCUAUCGCAUGGGAAGAGCGAAUGUAUUCCAACUGUACAGGCCCAGGUUUUGGUUUGCACUCUGAAAUCAUCAUGCCUUAUAUUGUCAAAUAUGGCAACAAGGAACAGAUUGAGCGCUUUAUUCCUUCCAUGACUGCUGGGAAAUGCAUUGGUGCAAUUGCAAUGACAGAGCCAGGAGCUGGCAGCGAUCUUCAGAGUGUGAAGACAUAUGCCUAUAAGGAUGGCAGUGACUGGAUUCUUAAUGGCAACAAGGUUUUUAUCUCAAACGGUUGGAUGGCUGACCUGGUGGUGGUCGUAGCCGUGACCAACCGUGAGGCGAAGUCUGCGGCACAUGGGAUCAGUCUGUUUCUGGUGGAGGAGGGCAUGAAGGGCUUUCAGAAAGGACGCAAGUUGGAUAAGAUUGGUCUGAAGGCACAGGACACAGCUGAACUAUUUUUUGAGGAUGUGCGACUUCCUGCCAGUGCCGUCUUGGGUGAACUCAACAAAGGUUUCUACUACCUGAUGAAUGAACUGCCACAGGAACGUUUGUCGGUUGCCGACAUGGCCAUAGCAAGCUGUGAGUUCAUGUUUGAAGAAACCAGGAACUAUGUUAUGCAGCGAAAGGCUUUUGGCAAGACCCUUGCUCACCUACAGACCGUGCAGCACAAGCUGGCAGAGCUGAAGACUGAGAUCUGUGUGGGCCGAACUUUCGUUGAUAACUGCAUUCAGCUCUUCGCUGAGAAUCGACUGGAUUCCUCGACUGCCUCUAUGGCCAAGUAUUGGACGUCGGACCUCCAGAACAAGGUGGCCACUCAGUGCCUGCAGCUCCACGGAGGCUGGGGUUACAUGUGGGAAUACCCAAUCGCCAAGGCGUUUGUGGACUCGCGUGUUCAGUCCAUCUAUGGAGGUGCCAACGAAAUCAUGAAGGAGCUCAUCGCUCGUGGCAUCGUCGGCCAAAAGUGA